CACAGCGUAUCUAGAGUACUGUAGUGCAACCAGUGAGAAACGAUAUUAUAUAAUCGGUGGCCGUGCAUAUGUCAAAUCCAAGUUUAUUUGAGGAAAUCUUUACUUUCUACGGUCUUGUGUGAUGUGUAACGAGAAAAUAAUGUACACGAAUCCUAGAUUUAUUAGGAUUCCCUGGAUGGGCUAUAUUGUGUUCAUAAUAUUACUGUUAUUUCACAAGUUACAUUUUGUGUCACCUGAAGAUGACAACCCUAACCUCAAAGAUGUAAAUGCGCUGAAUACUACUGAUGAUAUAUUCUCUUCUUCAGUCAUUCUCAAGCCCGAAGAUGACAGUAUUCUGCCAAAUCUAAAGGUUCCCAAAUUUCAUGCUUCAAUCAAUCAGACAGACAAUUCGCAUAAUCAGGAUAUCGAACUUGGUUUAGCCAGCAAUCAUGCCAGCGCAGCAACGGAGCUGCCAAUAACUGGUACAAAGCCAGUACGGAUAAACACUGCCUCUGAAACCGCUAAAACCUUAGAAAAUCGUUCAGGAAUUCUCACCACAGAUAAUUCAAUUAUAUCGACUGUGCUACAUGAUAAAAAUUCAGCAAACAUGACUUUGGACCUCACGACAAUUGCUCAAAGUUCAGAAACAGCAAAUAUGACUAAUACUAGUACAACAACUGUCGCAUCAGUUGAACCAGUUUUGCCAGAUAGAGGCUCUGCAGAAGAGGAACACAAUAGUUCGAUGUCCAUAUUUUUUGUACUCUGCGUCUUAGCGCUUGGAAUCUUACUCAUCCAUUUAAUGCUUCAGACUAACUUCCGGUACUUACCAGAAUCUGUGGUUAUAGUGUUUCUCGGUGGUGCAAUUGGAAUGAUAAUCAAUCUGAUGUCAAAUCAAAAUAUAGCUAAUUGGCACAAAGAGGAAGCGUUCUCUCCUACUGCAUUUUUUCUUGUGCUUUUACCUCCCAUCAUAUUUGAGUCUGGUUACAAUUUGCACAAAGGAAACUUCUUCCAAAAUAUUGGUAGCAUUUUGGUAUUUGCCAUUGUUGGUACUGCAAUAUCGGCAUUCGUUAUUGGUGCCGGUAUUUAUCUCCUCGGCCUUGCUGAAGUUGCUUACAAGCUGAGCUUUGUUGAAAGCUUUGCAUUUGGUUCUCUGAUAUCUGCUGUUGACCCAGUUGCGACAGUUGCUAUUUUUCAUGCCCUUGAUGUGGAUCCAGUCCUGAACAUGUUGGUUUUUGGAGAGUCCAUUCUCAAUGACGCUAUUUCAAUUGUUUUAACAACUUCUGUACUUGAGUCAAACAACGCAGCUACCACUAGCGAAGCAAUUAUAUUGGGAAUAAACAGGUUCUGUUUGAUGUUCUUUGCCUCCGCUGGAAUUGGCGUUGUGUUUGCCCUCAUUAGCGCCCUCCUCCUGAAGCAUGUUGAUUUGAGAAGAAAUCCAUCCCUUGAAUUUGGGAUAAUGCUUGUCUUCACCUAUGCACCAUAUGUACUUGCAGAAGGAAUACAUUUAUCAGGAAUCAUGGCCAUCUUAUUCAAUGGAAUCGUGAUGUCGCACUACACUCACUUUAAUUUGUCAACUGUAACGCAGAUAACGAUGCAACAAACGAUGCGAACACUGGCCUUCAUUGCUGAGACCUGUGUCUUUGCUUACUUAGGCUUGGCGUUGUUCAGCUUUAGACAUCGGGUAGAACCAGCAUUAGUCGUCUGGUCUGUAAUUCUGUGUCUGAUUGGGAGAGCUGCGAAUAUCUUCCCACUUGCACUUCUGGUCAACCGCUUUAGAGAACAUCAAAUAACGAAGAAAAUGAUGUUCAUAAUGUGGUUCAGCGGUCUGCGAGGGGCAAUUUCGUAUGCUUUGUCCCUUCAUUUAGAUUUCAGUGAUGAAACUCGUCACGUAAUCAUAACAACGACACUGAUCAUAGUCUUGUUCACCACCUUGAUAUUUGGUGGAUCGACAAUGCCUCUACUAAAAUUCCUCAGAGCAGAGAAGAAAACGCGGAUUAACAGUAGCAGAAGAAAGAGAAGAGAUAAAGACAUUUCACUCAGUAAAACUAGGGAAUGGGGUCAAACAAUCGAUUCAGAACAUUUGUCAGAGCUUACAGAGGAAGAAAUGGAGGUUUCAUUUCUGCAAUCUCGAAUCCGUGGCUUUGCACGGUGGGACUUGAAAUUUUUUAUUCCAUUCUUCACUCGGCGAUUCACACAGCAGGAAUUGAAGGAUUGUAAAUCCCAGAUGACAGAUCUUACUAACCAAUGGUAUCAGGCAAUCAGAAUCAGCCCUAUAGAUUCGGAAGACGAAAUGUCAACGACAGCUUCAACGGCACAACUUAAUCUCAACACUGGUGAUGAUAGUCAACGUACGAGUAACAACAAGCCAAAGAAAACUGGUCGCCCGAGACAUAGCUCCAUACUUAGUAUAUGAGUUUAAUUAUCUGCUAAUAUAUUUGUCGUCUGCCUUUGAAAUAGUAUACUUUUAUUUUUAUUU